AUGCCUACUCUGUGGUCACCCUCCACCGGGGACCAUGGCUCUUCCUCAGGCAGUGAGUCCUCCCCACUUCGAAAGUCUAUGAGACAGUCACAGAUGGCCUUGUCUCCUUCCUCCACCAUCCUACCCUGUAAUGACAGAGACUCACAGGGAACUCCAGAGUGGGAUACCCCCUCAACUAAUGAAGACAGUGACUUCGAAGACAGCGUAAGACGGAACGUGAAGAAGAGAGCAGCAAAACGGCCACCCAAAGCUGCCCCAGUAGCAAAACAUCGGAAGAAACAGUCCCAAAGAGUACCUAGUAGGAAUGGCGAGAACAAAUCAGUGCCACCAACCAAUGACCUUUUUGAUGCUGUGAAAGGUGCCAGAAGUUGCAUGCAGUCCUUGGUGGAUGAGUGGCUGGAAAGCUACAAGCAAGAUGAAAACGCAGGAUUCUUGGAGCUCGUUAAUUUUUUCAUCCGAGCCUGUGGAUGUAAAAGCACUGUGACUCUUGAGAUGUUCAAGACAAUGUCCAACUCAGAGAUCAUCCAGCAGCUAACAGAAGAGUUUAACGAGGACUCAGGAGACUACCCCCUGACAGCUCCAGGUCCAUCCUGGAAGAAGUUCCAGGGAAGCUUCUGUGAGUUUGUGAAGACAUUGGUCUAUCAGUGCCAGUACAGCCUGCUCUAUGAUGGCUUUCCUAUGGAUGACCUUAUCUCCCUGCUCAUUGGCCUCUCAGAUUCCCAGGUCCGAGCCUUUCGUCAUACAAGUACCCUGGCUGCCAUGAAGCUAAUGACUUCUCUGGUAAAAGUUGCACUCCAAUUGAGUCUGCACAAAGACAACAAUCAACGUCAGUAUGAGGCUGAACGAAACAAGGGGCCAGAGCAGAGAGCACCAGGGCGACUAGAGAGUCUGCUGGAGAAACGGAAAGAGUUCCAAGAAAAUCAAGAGGAGAUAGAGGGGAUGAUGAACGCCAUCUUCAGAGGUGUCUUUGUCCAUCGGUACAGGGACAUCCUUCCUGAGAUCCGUGCUAUCUGCAUUGAGGAGAUUGGGUGUUGGAUGCAAAGCUACAGCACCUCCUUUCUCAAUGACAGCUACCUAAAAUACAUUGGCUGGACCCUGCAUGACAAGCACAAGGAAGUCCGCCUAAAGUGUGUGAAGGCUCUGGCAGGGCUGUACACCAACCAGGAGCUGAGCUUGCGGAUGGAGCUCUUUACUAAUCGCUUCAAGGACCGGAUGGUUUCCAUGGUCAUGGACAGAGAGUGUGAAGUAGCAGUGGAGGCCAUCAGAUUGCUGACCCUUAUUCUGAAGAACAUGGAGGGAGUACUGACUAGUACAGACUGUGAGAAAAUUUACUCCAUCGUAUACAUUUCUAAUCGUGCUAUGGCCUCUUCUGCAGGGGAAUUUGUGUACUGGAAGAUCUUCUAUCCUGAAUGUGGGGCAAAAGCAGUGAGUGGCAGGGAGCGACGCCAGAGUCUACAAGCCCAGAAGACUUUCAUUUACCUUCUACUGGCCUUCUUUAUGGAGAGUGAGCAUCACAACCAUGCUGCUUACUUAGUAGACAGCUUGUGGGACUGUGCAGGGUCUUACCUGAAGGACUGGGAGAGUUUGACAAGCCUGUUGUUGCAGAAAGACCAGAAUCUGGGUGAUAUGCAAGAGAGAAUGCUAAUAGAAAUCCUUGUGUCCAGUGCCCGGCAAGCUGCAGAGGGUCACCCACCAGUGGGGCGCAUCACUGGCAAGAAGAGUCUGACCGUCAAAGAACGCAAGCUUCAAGCUUAUGAUAAGGUGAAGCUGGCUGAGCACCUCAUCCCCCUCUUGCCCCAGCUCCUUGCCAAGUUCUCAGCAGAUGCAGAGAAUGUUGCUCCCCUGCUCCAGCUGCUUGGUUACUUUGACCUCAGCAUAUAUUGCACUCAGCGCUUGGAGAAGCACUUGGAGCUGCUUCUGCAACAACUCCAGGAGGUGGUGGUGAAGCAUGUGGAGCCUGAGGUGCUUGAGGCCGCAGCACAUGCCCUUUACCUGCUCUGCAAGCCAGAGUUCACCUUCUUCAGCAGAGUGGACUUUGCCAGAAGCCAAUUAGUGGAUCUUCUGACUGAUAGAUUCCAGCAGGAGCUUGAUGACCUAAUGCAGUCAUCCUUCCUCGAUGAGGAUGAGGUAUACAGCCUGACAGCCACUCUGAAGCGUCUCUCUGCCUUCUACAAUGCUCAUGACCUGACCCGAUGGGAGAUCUCUGAACCAUGUUCUCGACUCCUCCGGAAGGCUGUAAACACAGGAGAAGUUCCUCACCAGGUGAUUUUGCCGGCCUUGACUCUGGUAUAUUUUUCCAUUCUCUGGGCAGUAACCCACAUUUCAGAGUCUACUUCCCAAAAGCAGCUGAUGAGUCUGAAGAAAAGAAUGGUAACCUUCUGUGAACUUUGCCAAAGCUGCCUCUCAGAUGUGGACCCAGAGAUCCAGGAGCAGGCUUUUGUCUUAUUAAGUGACAUGCUUCUCAUCUUCAGCCCUCAGAUGCUUGUAGGGGGACGGGAUUUCCUUAGGCCUCUUGUCUUUUUUCCGGAAGCUACUCUCCAGUCGGAACUAGCCAGCUUCCUCAUGGACCACGUCUUUCUCCAGCCUGGAGAAUUGGGCAAUGGUCAGUCACAGGAGGAUCACAUCCAGAUAGAGCUUCUGCACCAGAGGCGCCGCCUGCUUGCAGGGUUUUGUAAGCUGCUGCUUUAUGGAGUGUUGGAGCUGGAUGCAGCCUCAGAUGUGUUCAAACACUACAACAAGUUCUAUGAAGACUAUGGUGACAUUAUCAAGGAAACAUUAACUCGGGCAAGACAAAUUGACCGCUGUCAGUGCUCUCGGAUCCUGCUCCUGAGCCUAAAGCAGCUCUACACAGAGCUGAUACAGGAGCAGGGGCCCCAGGGCCUGACAGAACUGCCAGCCUUCAUUGAGAUGAGAGACCUGGCCCGGAGGUUUGCCUUGAGCUUUGGACCCCAGCAGCUCCAUAACCGAGAUCUUGUGGUCAUGCUGCACAAGGAAGGCAUCAAGUUCUCAUUGUCUGAGCUUCCUCCUGCUGGAUCUUCUCGUGAGCCCCCAAAUCUUGCAUUCCUGGAGCUUCUUUCAGAGUUCUCCCCGCGCCUUUUCCAUCAGGACAAGCAGCUACUACUAUCAUACCUGGAAAAGUGUCUGCAGCAGGUCUCCAAGGCACCUAGCCAUCCCUGGGGUCCAGUCACUACCUACUGCCAUUCCCUCCACCCUGUAGAGAACACAGCAGAGGCCAGCCCUCAGGGACCCCCCCACUCCAAGAAGAGGUGUCUUGAAGGCCCUUCCAGGCUUCAGGAAGAAGAGCCCUUGUCCCAGGAAGAAAGCCUUCAGUUGAACAGUGGCCCCACAACACCUACCCUCACCUCCACAGCAGUGAAGAGAAGGCAGUCUCUGAGGACAGUGGGCAAGAGGCGAAAAGAUAGACCAGGACCAGGACCAGGGCCAGGGCCAGAGCUGAUCUGCAGUCAGCAACUGUCAGGCACCCAGAGGUUGAAGAUGUCGAGUGCACCAUGUUUCCAGAUUCGAUGUGAUCGUUCAGGCUCUGGCUUGGGCAAGCAGCUGACCCGACUCAGCCUUAUGGAAGAAGAUGAGGAAGAAGAGCUAAGCCUUCUAGAUGAGGAAUGGCAACGUGGAGACAAGCUACUUCAUAGCCCUUCUUCUCCCAGUGAGCAUGGGCUGGACCUAUUAGAUACGACGGAACUGAACAUGGAGGAUUUCUGAUGGGACUUUAGGCCUCUCCCCUUCUCCACUUACCACUGCAAGGCCGUGAGUGAGCAGGAGGGAGUAAAAUGAAGCCUUCUUUGA